CUCGCGGAAGUCGCUCUGUGCACACCGGUUCUGUAGGAGCCCGUCCCUCACUCGGUGCGCGACGGUUUGUUAUUGUUUGUAAACAAACUUUUGAAAACCUCGACCACGUGGGCGUGGAUGGCGUAGGGAUAAUACGAUAUCCAACAGUGUGUGUGUGUGUGAAGACGCCAAUGCUGCGGUUGGCGGGAGAGACGACGGAGCAGCCGGUCAACACUCAACCCAAGAAGCAGUUCCACGACCUAUACGUCCAGCGGCACAACAAUGUGAGCAUCCUCUACGCAGACAUCGUCAACUUUACUCCACUCUCCGAGCAGCUGAGUGCCUGUGACCUUGUAAUGACCUUAAAUGACCUAUUCGGCCGCUUCGACCAGAUUGCCAAGGAGAACCAGUGUCUACGCAUCAAGAUCUUGGGCGACUGCUACUAUUGUGUGUCCGGACUGCCUGUGUCCCGACCCAACCAUGCCGUCAACUGCGUCAAGAUGGGUCUGGAGAUGAUCCACGCUAUCAGAAAAGUGCGCAACGCCGUCGGUUUCAACGUGGACAUGCGCAUCGGAAUCCACACCGGAAACGUCCUCUGCGGCGUCCUGGGGCGCUGUAAAUGGCAGUACGACGUCUGGUCGGACGACGUAACCUUAGCUAAUCACAUGGAAGCUGGCGGAGUCCCUGGGCGAGUCCACAUCACAAGGGCGACCUUAUGCCAGCUGGACGACAAGUUCCAGGUGGAACCUGGAGAAGGUCAUCUGAGGGACCAGUACCUGGCGGACCACAAGGUUGAGACCUUUCUCAUCGUCUCCAGUAAGGAGGAGGAGGGUGACGGUGGGACGGUAGGAGGCGCUGUAGGGGAGGAGAAGCCCGUCCGUCUCAAGCAAGCAGCUAAGAUGACCAAGUAUGUGGAGUGCUGGGGCGCUGAUAAACCCUUCGCCUCCCUGUCUGAGACCACCCUCGCUAAGAACAUCAGACUCACGAUCGUGGCACUGAUUGAGUCCAGCCUCCUGCCGCCGGGGCCCAUCCUCUUCGACUGUCGAUGGCGCCGGAGGGACUGGUGGGGCUGUGGGCGGGAAAUGGAGUACCGGCGCCGCCCACACCAGCACCAUCACCACGCCCUCGUCUGCGCCUCCACACUCACCCUGUUGGUGGCUGCUCUCGUCCUAGUCGCUCUCCCCCCACGGAGAUGGUGGUUGUGGUGGUACCUGGCCGCUGGUGUGGGGGUGGUGGUGGCCAUGGCGGCGUGGGCGUGGUGGUGUGGGCGGCAGGUGGUGACGUACCGGUGGGCGGCCAGGGUAGUGACCUCUGCGGGCGUGGUGGGCGUGUGUGUCCUCCUCUCCAUGACCUGGGUGGUGGUACCGGGCGUGGUGAGGCAGGAGGGUACGGGGGACCUGCAGAUGGUACCGGACACUCCGCCUGCCACAGCGACGGUACGUCCAGCUGUUGCCAUACUGGUUCAAGACGUCAACAUGACGCUACCUAUCCUCACUCUGCCUCUCCAGUCUCCCCCACACGAUGCCGAGCUGUGGGCGUGGGCGAGCCUGGUGUCUGUGGGCGUGGUGGCUGUGUUCCCUCGCGUGGGCGCCUGCACCAAGAUGGUGGUGAUGGUGGGCGUGACAGCCGCCCACGCUACCGUCCUUCUCCUGCACCAACACAAUAUUCUCCUCCACUUUCUCUCCAAUAACUUCCACAGCUUGCCGGGCGUGGCUUGGUGGAUGGUGGUGGGCGUGCAGGUGGCAGCACUGGUGGGCGUACUGGGCGUGCUGGGGCGGCAGAGCGAGGCGCGCGCCCGCACACACUACACAUGGGCGUCGCGAGUGGCCGUAGAGCAAGAGGAAGUAGAGAGAAUGAGAGGCAUUAACAAGGGUUUACUGGAGAACAUGCUGCCAUCUUACUUGGCUCAUCGCUUCCUUGUCUCUUCAAACACCCCACAGGAACUGUACCACGAACGGUACACCAGCGUAGGAGUAAUGUUCGCUUCCAUCCCCAACUACAAGGAGUUUUACGACGAGACGGAUGUCAACAAACAGGGCCUCGAGUGCCUUCGCCUGCUUAACGAGAUCAUCUGCGACUACGACAUGCUGUUGCAGAAGCCUAAGUACAGCUUAGUGGAGAAGAUUAAGACGAUCGGGAGCACGUAUAUGGUGGCUUCAGGACUACACCCAGGCAAGGAGGAGGACUUUGAAAAUGCCCGCGACCGGACGGAACACUGCCUGGUGUUGCUGGUGAAAUUCGCGCUAGCCAUGGCCUCCGUCCUCGAUGCCAUCAACAAGGAGAGUUUCCAGAGCUUCAAACUCAGAGUUGGCUUGGCGCACGGUCCGGUCAUCGCUGGGGUGGUUGGGGCCCAGAAGCCUCAGUACGACAUCUGGGGAAACACCGUCAACGUAGCCUCAAGGAUGGACUCCACUGGGCUCAUGGGUAGGAUACAGGUAACAGAGGAGACAGCCGCCAUCUUACAAGGAGCAGGCUGGGCGUGUGAGUGUCGGGGACCCACUCUUAUCAAGGGUAAAGGUACCCUAGUCACCUACUUCGUCUCCACCCCCUACGACGUUCCAGCCUCCAAGAUCCGCACCACCUCCUCCUCGUACGCCCUCAGACCUGACGAAGGAGCUCUUCUCCGACAGGCAGCUCCUGUACCUUCGUCUGGGAAUACUUCGCUUCUCGGAGGGCCCACACGCGCCAACAAGGAAUCUGAAUUGGAUUCAGUUGUUUUACCCUUAGAAGGCGACACGCAGGCCGAUAGUUCAGGCAGUUCACGCAUCUCUAUUCAUGCCCCGACAGGUGGACGCAACUCGCUAGAUCUGACAGAUGCUUCCACAGUGGACUUAAGUCCACAAGUUUCCAAGGAUGGGUUGCUUGCAGAUGAUUCUGGUCCCAUUAAGAAGGUACUUGUUACUCUUAAAGACGGGGUCACUUCAAGCAGAGUUAUCCAUGGGGUGGUGAUUGGCGAUUAUCCUGACAGAACCUUUAUGCAUAAUCCUGGAGGUUACGUAAGAACAGAACCACAAGAUGAGAAUAAGACUCCGGAAACAAACUCACUUGCUAGCAAUCAAGCGCUGAAAUCGAGGCCAAGAACUCCAGGAGCCAUGUGUGGGAGCCCAGGAGGCUGUGAGGUGGAAGGUUCAGUCACACAGCCCGGGAAACCUACAAGCUCCCAGCACCAGGAAGCCAACUCGCCCCAAACCCACAAGAGCCUGGUGGAUGGUCAGGGAACUAGGAGUAGCCCUACAUCUCCAAGGGAUAUUAUAACAACACUUCAGCAAGAGACAUCCUCAUCUAUAACCACAACACCUAACCAAGAGACUCCACCAUCCACUACCACAACACCUAACCGGGAGACUCCACCAUCCACUACCACAACACCUAACCGGGAGACUCCACCAUCCACUACCACAACACCUAACCGGGAGACUCCACCAUCCACUACCACAACACCCAGCACAGUAAAGCAUCCAAAAGACAGAAUAGGUCCUCAAAAUAGUUCCCAAGGGGGACUUAAAAGUGCAAAAGAAACUCUCUCCAAAUUAAAAUGUGAAUAUUUUGCUCCUAAAUCAGAAAGUAAACAUGAAAAAGGCGGGAAUAGAGGAGAAAAUAAAGCAGGUGAUACAUACAUUCUCGUAGACACAAGAGACUUCGGCGAGUCCCACCUUACGUUAGAAAACGAAUUUAGAAAUAGUAAGGCAAAUGACAAGUCUUUCAAUGCCAAAGCAAAUAGUAGUAAGAACGCUGUUAAAGAUGAGCUGUUUAACAAAUGUAGCGUAUAUGAAAAUCCAGUGGACGGUUCGCAGACACGCAAAACACUUAAUAUAACCUCAAAAGAGGCCUCAAUAAUACCCCAAAAUGGACACUUUGACAAGAAAAUACCAGAAAACAGCAAUGCCAGAGGGAAGAAUGCCCCUAAUCCUCACAGACCUCGCGACAAAUCAGCCGUACUCCCCAAAAUAAAGAAAGGGAAAUCGGUCGACAUUAGCUCAUCUUCUGGGAAAAGUAGUAAAUCAGAAGGUCUGCGGGGCACAGCGAUUGUGAAUUACGUUAACGAGAGUGAAAGUGAGAGUUCGGUAACCGAGGGCAAGGAGACAAUAACUACGUGUAAAAGUGAACCGAAAAUGAACACUUGCUUUGCCAAAAAAGCCGUCACCUUCACCAGUAGCGGAUUAGCGAGGAAAAAAAGCCAAGUCUUUGUCUAA